ACACACACACACACUUCAUAUACGAGACAGAGGAGCGGAAACGGGUCGAAUCCUACUUCAAAUUCUCUUUCCUCUCGGCUUGUCGACCGGGGAAAACAAACCGACCCGAGGCACAGGGAAUGGGGAUUUACUAAUUAACUACUUACCGAGAGAUGCACACCUCCUCGGCGCCCUCCCUCCCUCUCAUUCAGUUCCCUCGGUCGUGGUUAUUAGUGUCGAGGUGCUUCCACGGUUCCCGGCUCCGCGCGCCCCGGAUCACACACCAGGAGGGUGAACGCGCACUCGGGUUAGAUAGUUUCUACUUUGGACGGUUGGAGAACACGACCAGGAAAGGCUGAGCGCAUCAAUUACACUGCUGCACGGAACAGCACAAUCUUUGCUCUCCGAAUUCGAUCAGAUAAAGCCCAGCGAUUCUCGGUCCUUCCUACAGCCAGCAGCCACGGUGCCGGCGCCGGCCCUUGGUUUCCGUCUGAGGCGAGGCCACUUGGCAGUGCCGGUGUAUUGGAGGUAUGGACUGUAACUGUGUUAGUGACCUGCUGCUCACGCCACCCGUCCCAACCCUCUGGACACCAGGCAUCGCCUUCCCAGACUGGGCCUAUAAGCCAGAAUCAAGCCCAGGCUCCAGGCAGAUCCAGCUGUGGCACUUCAUCCUGGAGCUGCUGCAGAAGGAGGAAUACCACGGGGUGAUUGCCUGGCAGGGAGACUACGGUGAAUUUGUGAUCAAAGACCCAGAUGAGGUGGCAAGACUGUGGGGCAUUCGGAAGUGCAAACCACACAUGAACUACGACAAGCUCAGCCGAGCGCUUAGGUACUACUACAACAAACGCAUUUUGCACAAAACUAAAGGCAAGCGCUUCACCUACAAGUUCAACUUCAGUAAGGUGGUUCUGGUGAAUUACCCGCUGCUGGACAUGGCCAGCUCUCCAUUCCUGCUGGCCCAGAACCACUUCAAUGGAGGAGCCGCAACACCGGAUUGCAGCCCUGUCACACCUGAGGCUCUUCAGUCUUUAUUCCCUCGUUUGCCUGAAUCAGGUCGAGGGCCCUCUCUGUUUGAGCGCACUGCAGGGGCCCCAGGGCCCGAUGGGGACAAGCUGAGACUGGACACUUUUCCUUUCCUCGGCUCAGGGGCUCCUUGUUACUCCAAACCUCCAUCCCUGUUGGGUCCUUACCCACGGAACCCCUCUUUUGACUACCCCUGGGGCUUCAACCCCUACCUCCCAGGGGCCUUUUCUCUGAACAACUGUCCCAAAUUACCCCCAGGCUCCCUCUACUCCUCACAUUUCUAUCCCAAUCCGCUCCAAUCCAGCCUGUCUCAGCUGUCUCACCCCUUCUCUUCGCUCUUACCCCCCGGGGAUGCGACCGGGGCAGAACGUGGUCAAACAGGAGGAACGAACGGCUCUGCGAGCGGUCAGCCUCCCAGACUCUGCAUCCCACCAUACCCAGGAAACCUGCCUCUGGGUCGGACUGAGCUGGGGAACGGGGGUACAGGUGUGGGCGAUCGGGAAAGAGGGGAGGCCAACACUGCCACAACAGGUGGAGGUCUUAGUUUGGGGUUAGGCCUUGGAUUGGGUUUGGGUGGAGUUGGCGUGGGAAGUGGAGGAGGAGGCCGUCAAAGCCCUUCCGAGCGGAGGAAGGGUGUGAAGCAGGAUCCGGAGUCUGACUCUGAGCUGGAGAUCACAGACCUGAGCGACUGCAGCUCGGACAACGAGAACGAGCCGGACUUCUCUCUGGGGAAGGAGCCAGGUUUGGGUGGUCGCUCACACCUUCUAGAGGCCAAAUCUAGGGGUCUUGGGGGAGUCUUGCCCCCUCUUUCUUCUCUUCCUCCACCUGUGUCUCCGCACCCCCUUAAAAGUCUGGGACCCCUGACUCCUCCACCAUCAUCCCUCUCUCCCUCCCUCACUAUGGUCGACAGGCACAGGGAAACAGAGACUCUUAAACUUGCUCACAGUUAAUAUGUUUUGUUGUGUGAAUUUUGAUGUCUUGCAGGUUCUCUGAUUUCUCUUUUUCUGUCUGUGUAUUCCUGCAUUUGUGAAAUUAUGCUGUAUAUUCCCAGUUAAUUUUUUCCUUCCUCUUUUCCGGAGUCCUCCGAAGCCAUUCUUCGCUCAUGCUGUUCCAAUAUCAGAACUUUCAAUUUCUGCUUUCUUCAAUUUCUAAAUCGCACAGUGAGAUUCUCAAUGCAAUUUGAGUUGUUGUUAUUCUGAGAGUAAAAGGGCAGCACAAAAAAAAAAAAAAAACUGCUUUUCGAAUUACAAUGUUUAAAUAUCUAAAGAAUUUUCAAUUUUCAUUCUCUCAUUUCUGUUAGGAAACAGUAACAAUGAAAUAUUUUAUAGCCAAGACAGCACAGUAAUGAAAUAUGCAUAUCUUUUAUCACCUACUUUUUAAAAUUGCACUGCAUUCUGGCCCUGCUGAGAUAGGAAGUUAGUUUGUUCUUCUUGGUGUAUUUCACAGACUUUUCCAUAAGUUUAAUGCUAAGCUCUGCAAUACAGUGCUCAGAUGAACAGCAUUACACAAGCAAGAUGCAAUAAUGGCAACACUCAUAAUAAUAUUAAGGUGAUUCAGUUGUGUUGCAAAAAAGCACUUUUGUUUUUAGUUUUACGCCGAUUCCAAGGAAUUCAGACAUUAUAUGACCAUAUAUGGUCAAACAUUGCCAUCUUGUGGUUAUAAUUAUCUAAGCCCUUCAAAAGUUUCUGAUAACCGUUUUAUGUUUUAUUAAGUUUUUGUAUUUAUUUAUUUAAAUUAACUCUUAAUUUUCAUGUCCAGUCAAUGUCUUUUUUAAAACAUUCAAAAGAUGUUAUAAGCCUGAGAAUGAGAGACAAGAGUCAAUACUACUCAUGCCAGUGAAUAUUUAAAGUUUGUAUCUAUUUCAUUGUAUAUAUUUUAUUAUUGUGUACAUUAUGUUUAAUUACUAUUACUAUAUGGAAUAGUUGUAUUGGUGUCAUUUUACUCUGUAACUAAUUGAAGAGUGAUAUAUGAGAUGGGAAAAUGGAUAUAUGUGUAGUGACCCAGAGUUGAAAGAGAAAGAGCACAUUUUUCACAUGCUCAUAAAAAGACGUUUAGACAGGGAAGUGUGCAAAACAGUUCUUCUGUUUCUAAUUGUGCCCUGUGGAAAUUUCCCCCUGAUACCUCCAAGUAGAUGACCUUUCUGUACUGAGUUACACCGCUAGUCUCAUAUUUCAAUAAUUCAUUCACACAGCGGUCCUAUACUAUAAUGACUCAAGUGUGAAUAAUAUUAGUUGCAGCAUUUGCUAAUUUUUUUUAACCAGUGUUCAUUCUAAUGUUAUUAGGUUUGAUAUAUGAUCAUCCGAUUUGAAUGUAAAAACAAUAAAUAGGAGCAGAAUGACACAAUCUGAUUAACAGAUUACCUUCAAAUACAAUUCAGACAAGUUUGUGGGUAAAGAUAACGUUUUAUACAAAAGCAAAAUGCAAGUCAGAUUUGAUCAACCUAUGCCAACAAUAUUUUCAGAUAUUCUUCUGAUUCUUUGGUGAGUUACUAUCUGAUUCUAGAUAAGAACUAAAAAAAAAAAAAAAAAAACCUUACAUGACAGUUUGUGCCCUUGAUUUGCCCGUACUAGAGGAGAUUUCAGCUGUACAUAGGGCUUUGUGUAUUUGUGUGUACACACUGAAAAAGAAAAAAAUACCAUUUACCUUACAGUAAAGCUCUUAUUUGUUUAAUUGUGAAAUUUAAAACUGAAAGGAUGACUAGAACAAAAAAA